AUGGUGUCAAGCUCCUUCUGCGCCGCUAGCGCUACUACUUUGAAAGCCCGCCCCUGCUUAGUGUCCGUGAAUGAGGGAGGAAGGAAUUUCUGCUUUCUUACUCUCUGUUCAAGGAGACAACACACCGGAUUUGCGGCAUCUGAACCAGGAACCUGUGAUUCAGAAGCUAGCCUUUCACCCUAUCCAAUGACCCCGGAUAAGAACCAAACAUCUCAUUCUCAAGUGCCUCUGCUGGCCCAGCUCCACCUCCUUUUCUUUCUCUUCCAGCCGCUCCGCUGCCAGGCAGCAUUCAAAGUCCAAUAA